UACUUGCUUGCUCUAUAUAUUCCCGUUUCAUCACCGCCUUCUUUUUCUCAACAAAAUUAUGACAAUCUUUCUUUAAAUUCACUCAUUUAUUAUUUUGCAAAUUUGUUACAAUAAAUUCAUAUUUCUUGAAGGGCGACAAUAACCAACCCAUCAAGCAUGAGGGAAAGUGAAGCUCAGAAGCUCAAUUUCAUGCUCAUUUUCUCACGUGUACUGAUUUUCUGUUUCAAUGGCUCCCAAUGCAGCUCACUGCAUAACUCCCUAAUAUUUGAUCAAAGAGCGGAUAACUUGUUGCCCGAGACCGGAAAUCCUGAACCCCUAUAUCCUCUUCUUGGACCGUCUCCCUUCACAAUCACAAAUAACACCGCCCCAAAGUUAUCAGGCCUCUGUACGCUAGACUUCGAUGCGAUAGAUACCAUGAUGAGCAUUACUGCAACUGAUUGUUUCACGGUAUUUGCACCGUACCUUGCCAAUGUAGUAUGCUGUCCACAACUUGAAGCAACUCUCGUGAUACUCAUUGGUCAAUCCAGUAAAAAAACCAAAACACUUUCGCUAAACUCGACUCACGCUAAACACUGUCUUUCUGACUUUGACCAAAUUCUCACGAGUCAAGGUGCGGAUAACACUUUGCAGCAGAUUUGUUCCGUUGGUCCGUCAAACCUAACCGAAGCUUCUUGCCCAGUAAAAGAUGUUGACGGGUUUGAAAAAAUGGUCAACACUUCUAAGAUUCUUGCUAGUUGUGGGAAGAUUGAUCUUGUUAAUGAGUGUUGUCGGGAGACGUGUCAAAAUGCUAUAUCGGAAGCUGCCAAGGAUCUUGCGUCUGUUUCUAAUGAAUUUGAUGCAAUGGGGAUACGACGUAUGUCGGAUAUCUCGACUCGGGUGAUUAACGAUUGCAAAAGUAUUGUUUUGAGAUGGUUAGCAAGUAAACUUGAACCGUUACGUGACAAAGAAGCCCUUAGAGGUUUAGCUAAUUGCAAUGUUAAUAAAGGUGAGCCAAUCAUGCUUCAUUUGAUCUUUUAAAUCAUUUAAAGAUUUGCUUUGAAAUACCCAUUACUUUCUACGUCCAAAAAGGAAA